AUGAUGUGGCGUCUCGUUUUUCUGGUAAUACUUUUCACGAGAUUGGAAGUUAAUGUAAGUUGAAUAGGGAAAUUUAGACGGUAAGGAAUGUUUUGCUUUGUCUCCGACUUUAGGCAUCAUAAAGACAAAUAUUUAAUUUCAGGCUAGACUUCAAAUCGGUCCGUAUUUGGAGCCAACGGUUAGGCCGAGUUUCGGAAGUAAUUUUGUGUGGGCGAAGGUGGACAACUUCGACCCGGAUAAUAACCAGACAUGGAAACAGGUAGGAAAAGUCAAUCCGAAAGAGUUAAAUUAGCAUAGCUUCUAAUUUCAGUAUUACUACGAAAGAUCCCGCAGCGAUUCCAAUGUAAACAUUUUGUAUAUUGGAGGAGAAGGCCCAAACAGCCUUCAAAAACUUGACGCCGCUGUUUCCCCCUCGUAUCCAGGACUUGUGGAGGAUCUACGGCAAGCAUUCGGUGCAGCUGUUUACACCCUCGAACAUCGAUAUUAUCAGUCAAGCUACCCUGUUAAGUGAGCAAAGUUUUCAAAGUUUUGAACCUGGCAAACCCAUGUGAUUUUUUAUUUAUUUAACAGGGGAAGUAAUCCAAGUGCGACGCUCAGAUUUUGAUGAAACUUGGCACGAAUAUAGAGUAAUUUUUUCUAAGAUAUAUGCGAGAAUCCUAGCUCGCGCUUUGCAGAAACAACCGAGAUUUUUAAAUCGAAAGUCGGCCAAAAUUUAAGACUUUUUGCCGAAUUUUAGUACGAAAAGUUUCAUGCCUAUUUCAAUCGUAAAGGGUAAUGUUUCUACAAAAAAAUAAAAUUUUUCCGCACGAAACUGCCAAAGCUAUGGCCAAAAAGCGCUUUUCUCUCCGACCGCUCUCCACGUUUAGCGUGCUCUCUCGGCGGCAAAGAUCGUUCGAUAUCUCGGCGGCGCCCGCAAAGGGCGAGCUAAAACUUUCAGGAAUUGAUAUUUAAUCCAUACCCGACGUGUGUGCAAAAUUUAAAGAAAAUCUGAGCGUGGCACUUGGAAGACUUGGAAGACUUCCCCUGUAAAUUGAAUUUUUUUCUGCAGACAUCCAAGAACUGCUGAAGAUUUCAAAUAUCUCUCCAGUCAACAAGCUCUCGCUGACAUUGAGAACUUUAUUAAAGCCAUGAACAAAGGAAGAAGAAACCAGAAAUGGAUUACAAUCGGAGGAUCUUAUGCAGGUUCGACCUUUUGGCAUCUUCGCAAUUCUUUUUCCAGGCAUGCUGGCAAUUUGGCAUCGUCAGUUGUACCCUCAAUCGACUGUGGGGACCAUUGGAUCUUCAGGUCCGGUUCAUGCCGUGGCAAACUUUACCAGUAAGUCCAACUUUUUUUUUGCACAAAUUUUGAAGAAACUGGAUGCAAGUUUAGAUGAUGACGUAUGUACAUAUACCUUCAUAACCGUAAAAAAUUAUAAUAAAAAAUCGGAAAAAAUUUUUGGUUCUCCCUAAUAACAUUUUCCCUAAACUUGCAGGCUUCUUUAUGGUUGCCCAAAUCGGCUACAAACAACAAUAUCCCAAGUGUUACGAAUGGCUGAAGAAAGCGUUCGCCGAGUUCAAAGUGCUCUUGGAGAAUAAGGACGACAAGUUGAAGAAGCUUUAUCCGGUGUUAGCAGAACGCUACGACAUCGAAAAAGAGGAAGAUGCGCAUUACUUUGCCUACCACGUCGUUUCUGAUGCCUAUACUCAAAUUCAAUUUCGCAUCUGGGGAAUUGUAGGUUGAAAACGGCGAAAUGGAUGUUUCUAAUGUAUAAUCACACUUGCCAUACCACUUUUAGUGCGGCCACUAUAGCCCGACGCCCAAUGAAACCCCGGUCCAAACAUUGGCCCGGUUGUUCGGCCACACUGCUGAUGAUAUUGAAAGCGUUUAUUGGAGGUCAUGGAUGUGGCAAGUCUGCAAUGAAUUCGGUUUCUUUUACUCUCCGGACGACGCGAAUUGCCUUGCCAAUGGAAUUUAUGACAUCAAGAAGGUCUAUGGAGUGUAAGGAUCCUUAAAAAAAUCGCAGUUUGAAUGAUUUUCAGUCAAUGCAAACGAUUCUUUGGGCCUAAAUUCACUUACGAGUACAUGGAGAAGCAGAUUCAGAAGACCCUCGAUUUCUAUCAAAUGGACAAGCCCUAUCCCGCCACAAAUGCCAUCAUCACCAACUCCGUCUAUGAUCCUUGGAGCGGGCAGGGUUUGAAGAAAGCAACCAGUGAUACGGUCAAGUUCUUCUGGAUCCGAAACGGAACCCAUUGCCAUGAUUUGUAUAGCGGAAGCAAUCCGGAUGUAUACGAGUCUAGGAAGGUCAUAAAACAAGAAGUUGCCCGAUGGAUCAGAGAGUCAAGAAAUUAA